UGCACCCAUCCCCUUCCUAAUCCCGUCCUUAAUUUUCCCUUCAUCUCUCUCUAAAUAUCUCUCUUAUGGAUCAAACCCCAAAACCCGAGCCUAAAUGGCGCGGCGCGGUUCGAGCCAAGCUCGCGGGGCCGACGCCCGACCAGGCCUGGUCCUACCUCAAGGACUUCUGCGCCCUCGACCGUUGGAUCCCCACCCUUCACACGUGUCGCAAGGUGGAGGGUUCCGACGGCGAGGUCGGCUGUGUGCGGUACUGCGCCGGAUCCCUGAACCGGUCCGACCCGGCCGCGCCGGUGGGGUGGUCCAAGGAGAGGCUGGUGGACUUCGACCCGGUUCGGCGGAGCUACAGCUACGAGGUGGUGGAGAGCAACAAGGGGUUCGGGUCGUACGCGGCCACAAUCCGGGUCGGGUCGGACCCGGACGGGGGCUGCUGCGUCGAGUGGUCGUUCGAGUCGGAUCCGGUGAAAGGGUGGACGUACGAAGGGUUCACGUCGUACUUGGAGAGCCUGGCACGUGGCGUUGCGGCGAGGUUAGAAGCGGAAAUUAAUAAAAGCAACAAACAUGACAAGUAAUAUGUACGGCCAAUUGGUCAUGUAUCCUUUUGUUAUGUUAUUUUUGGGUGGAAGGUCAAUUGGAGGAAAAAUUCUAGAAUACAACGGGUAUAUUGGUAACGUGGCAUAAUAAAUUAAUCAAAUGUUUUU